AUGCCGACCCAUUUCAAAUCGUCGUCGAACUCGCAACACCAUGCCCGUCGACUCAGUUCUAUCCAGGCAACCCGAGAGGACCUUAUCCAAGGUCCGACCGUGGUCAUGCCCCCGAAACACCUCAUGGCCCCAUCCGGUGCGAGCGAGGUGGCUGACGCCAUGGCUCUCGCAAGAGAGGAGGUUGAUGAGCUUCGAUCGGACACCUCAACCCCUGAACAAGCGAUGGAAACGGCUGUCACCGACAAAUUCGCUCUGGCGUUCGACAUUGACGGUGUCCUCAUUCGGGGUGGAACGGUCAUUCCCGAGGCUAUCGAGGCAAUGAAGACUCUCAAUGGACAGAAUGAGUAUGGCAUCAAAGUGCCAUACAUCUUCGUCACAAACGGCGGUGGAAAGACUGAACAGGAGCGUUGCGUACAACUUAGCAAGCAGCUCCAGCAAGAGGUCUCGCCGGGGCAGUUCAUCUGCGGCCAUACUCCCAUGAGAGAAAUGGCAGAGCGAUAUCACACCGUCCUUGUCGUCGGCGGCGAGGGAGAGAAGUGUCGACAGGUUGCGGAAGGUUACGGAUUCAAAGACGUCGUCACACCCGGUGACAUCAUCAAAGACAAUGCCGACACUACCCCCUUCCGGCGACUCACGAACGAGGAAUUUAGAAACUCCAGGGCCCGAAAUUUCGGCGAGACCGAGAUCGACGCCAUCUUCGUCUUCGCCGAUAGCCGCGACUGGGCUGCCGAUCAACAGAUCAUCCUCGACCUGCUGAUGAGCAAGAACGGCCGCCUGGGAACCCGAUCGGAGAACUUCGACGAAGGCCCCCCGGUAUUCUUCUCCCACAACGAUGUCGUCUGGAGCGCUUCGCAUGACCUGACCCGUAUCGGCAUGGGCGCGCUUCGCGUAUCGCUGGAGGCGAUGUUCAAGGCCGUGACCGGCAAGGAGCUCCAGACCACCGCCUUUGGCAAGCCGCAGCUCGGAACCUUCGAGUUCGCGACCCGUCUGCUGCAGCAAUGGCGGAAGGACACCCACGCCAUCGACUCGCCACCGGAGACGGUCUACUUCGUCGGAGACACGCCUGAGUCGGAUAUCCGCGGCACCAACGAGUACAACGAAACCUCAGACAACAAUUGGUACUCGAUCUUAGUACGGACUGGCGUAUAUCAAGAAGGCACCGAGCCACGCUUCCAACCUAAGGCAACAGUCGACAAUGUGUUAGGCGCCGUCAAGCACGCGAUGGCAUUGGAGGCAAGAAAGUUGGCCAAGGCGAAAGCCUACCGACAAGAGAACGCAAUUGAUGGUUAA